AUGAAGAUUUCCAGUAGCCUUGAGCAUGGCACCAUUUUCUGCACUACUGGCGAGCAUAAAGCAUCAGCGAUAUUCCUUAAUGAGAAUAUUGUUAUCACCUCAGGAUUAAUUUUAGGUGAUAACGAAGAAUACGCAACAAAGCUUAGCGAAACGGUCAGCAAUUGCCCUGUUGUAGAUGUCAGCAAAUUGCCUGAUUUGCAAGAGAUUUCCCAAUUGGAUUUUCGUGUUGUUAGCAAACACAACUGUGUGUUACGUGAGCAAGCCGUUAAAGCGUACUACAUAGUGUACUCCCAGCGAGUGAAAGAGUGUUUAGAAAACAUUCUCGAUGGCUUACAGAUUUGUUUCAAUGGAGAGACUAGGCCCAUUCGGGCAUACAAUACUCUAUACGCUAGUCUCAUUAUUCUUUCGACAAACUCAUCAUCUGUUGCUUCUUGGGAACAUAUCAAGCUAAAACUCAACAAUCUUAAACCACCAUGUUGUGAUUCGCCAAAGCUGCUAGAGAAAGUGGUAACAGUGUCCACGCCGUUUGGAAACGAAUCAUUUUUGAACACAAUCAAUGUGGGCCAUAUAACAAACAUAUUUGGAGAGCAAGAUUGUGUGCUACUGCUCAACAAUCAUUUAAGCUUUGGAUGCCAAGGAGGAGCUGUUUACAAUCAUGAUAUGCAAAUGCAAGGUAUUCUUAUCGGAUCAACGUUCACGUAUCGCAAUGAAAAUGUAAAUCUAGCGUUGGCAAUCAACAUAGACGAGAUUUUGACAAUAACCCUCAAUAGGAAAAACCUUUGCCAAGGGGUAUCAAUACCAUUGCCUUUGCAACCUUUUCGAUCUGUUUGUAUGAUCGACUCCGAAGGAUGCUGGGGUACCGGAUGUGCAUUUGAAAUGAACAGAAAACAUUACAUCAUAUCCUGUGCCCAUGUUUUGGCCACGGACAAUAUAACAUGUGUUUUCAAUGAUCGUAUAAUAACGAACCCAAGACUGAUUUACAAAAAUCCAAUUUUUGAUAGUGCAUAUGAUAUUGCAUUAAUGGAAGUUAGUUUCGAGAUGGCACAAACAGCCAAUUGGUUUUGUCGACUAGCUAACUACAUUCCAAGCAUUGGGCAACGGCUGUAUGCUGUUGGGUUUCCCGUGUUUAAAUCGUUGGCUGUAUCAAGCUUCAAGCCAACCAUUAUCCCUGGACGGGCUACAAAGUAUAGCAAAGGGAUCCUUUUCACUGACUGCUCUGUCCAGUCUGGCCAAAGUGGUGGACCGAUAUUCGACAAGGACGGGUUAUUGGUAGCCAUAGCUGUUUCAAACUUUAAAAGCUCGCUGGACAACCAGAUUUAUCCCUUCCAUAAUAUGUGCGUUCCUGUGGGAGACAUUUAUAGCAUGAUAUUGCAAUAUUCGGAUACAAAUGACAAAACCUCACUCAAAGGAUUGCAAGCUGACUGGAGUGUGAAAUCCAAAUGGAAACUAAAACCUCCUACUAUAUUAAACAAACUUUAACUCUCCGAGGAAUGUUCUUUUUGUUGACGAUUAUUUAACUGUUAGCCAAAGGGGUAACACGUUUUCUUAAUUUUUAAUCUGGGAUGAAAUUGUUCAAACAAUUGGGUGAAUUGUGGUGAACAUAAAUGGGUGUAUUAUAUUGG